AUAUGUCACAGUAUCGCCGCGGAAACGAGCGACGUGACACUCUUACGUAUCCUCUGUCCUGUGUCAGGAUAGUAAACGUGAAACAACAGUUUCGUGUUGUUUUGUCGACUGUUAAGAAAACACGUCUUUUUUUUUCUUUUUCAAAAUAAAAGAACCAUGAAAGAGAAAUUACUAUAAUAUCAAACGGUUGGAAUGGAUAGAUAGAUAAAUAUAAAAGGCUUAAUGAACGUACCCUUGAACUUGUUACACAUACAUUUUAUUAAAUAUUGUUCUUUCUUUUCUUUUUUCUCUCUUUUUUUUUUCUUUCUUUCUUUCUUUUUUUUUUAAUUUAUCUUCAUCCGGGCCUUUAUUAUUGAACGAUUAAACUUAAUUGCAUCUUUCUUACGAAUUUUAUCAUUGAAUAAUGAUUAAUACGAUGUUAUGGAGAAAGAGAACGAAUAUUUUAUCGUUUAAAAAGAAAAAAAGAGAGAGAGAGACGGAUAGAUAGAUAGAUAGAUAGAUAGAGAGAGAAAGGAAGAGUCUUUAAACAAAACGAAAAUCGUUAAAUACGUGAUACAUAGUGCGCAAAAGAAAUGACAGUGAUAUUUUUUAAUGGAUAGAAUCAUUUUAUAAAUCACGGAGUAUAAGAAAAAUGAAUGAUCGUAAAGUGGUAAUAAUAAAUCAUUGGAAGAAGUGAUUCUGGUUAAAAACUUUAUUCUCGUAAGGGUUUAAUAAAAAUCAAUCGCUCGUUGUAUAGAACAUAUCAUUAAAAUGGAAACUAGAGGGGCCGAAUGGGACAUGAUGGUAAUAUAAUAACAUAAUUCGCAAAUAAUAGGAUAGAAAGUCAAAGUGAUAGAAGAGAAAAGAAGAAAAAUCGUUAAUGUCGAACGAUCGAUGUGUCGUACAAAAAAAAAAAAGAGAGAUAAAAAAUAUAAACACAACGUUUAAAAAAAAGAAAGGAAAAAAUAACGAAAAGAAAAUGAUGAUGAUAAAAGGAAACAAAAAAAAAAAUUUGUCUAACGUCGAAUUAAAUCGGAUUUAGAUGUUACACAUACAAGGGUUGGAAUGUUAUUAGCGGAAUGUUACCAAAGUUUCUUUGCCCUAUGCGUUCGGCCAAGGCUAACACGAUCAUCCUGGUCGAGGUGGGGUCAGCGAUAACUAUAGACCAGACCAGUCUUUUACCAUUCAUAAUUGAAGAAUAGUCCAGGCAACGAGGUCGACUACACACAAUCCUAAGUGAUCGGUUCUCUGAUCGAUUAUUCUUCUUUUUCUGAACUUUUCUUUUUCUUAACUUUCAUACGUUUGUUUUUCUUUUUUUUUUUUUUCUUUUUUCUUUUUCUUUUUUUUUUUUUUUUUAUGAAAAUGCCAUCGACUCAUCGUCGAACGAUCAUCGUAAUCUGAAACGCUAAUGUUGAAGGAUUACAAAUUAAAAAAGGAAGUAUUUAUAUAUCAAUAGAAUUUUAUCGAUGUUUAGAUAAAGAUUCGUUAUAGCUGUUGUUAAAGGAUUUCGUUCCUUCAACAAACAUAAGCUGCUAACUAUGGACACCGGCCAAGUUUCUAUUCCAAUCAUCGAUCCUAUAGAAAUACGUAUGAAUAUUUUUAGAAUGACUAUCAAUUAUUCGAAAUCAACAAGAAUCUAAAUACUUAUCCAUCGACACACACAUAUAUAUAUAUAUAUACAUAUAUGUGUGUGUGUAUAUUAUCGUCGACCGAUAGAUAGUAUGACCUUUUGAACUAAAAUGGGUGAUAGUACACUUACGCUCGAAGACGAAACUCAGAACGCUCACAGUAGAAGAUCAAGCACCGUAGGUGACGCUCCGCAAAACGUUUCCGAGUUGAGCAUCAGUGAAUCACAUUUGAGUGAUACAAGAUCGAUCGAAUCGGGUGAUGCAUCGUCGAUUACGUCGACGAGAUCGACACCAGCUAAAAGUAACAGUAAAUCGGGAAGCAUUUCUACUACUUCUUCGAGUAACGCCAAGUCAACAACAGCUUGGAAUCAUUCGAGUAGAGAAAUCCUUUACGAGUCAGACAAGAACAACAUACUGCCAUAUCUUUCAAUCGCAACGGAAAAUCCAUCGAAACCUGGCUCGCCAAAAAUUCCUAGAAAAACGUCCAAAACCAGUGUAUACCCAUCUGGGACCAAUUUGACGGCACGUGAUGCAUUUGGUCCUAAACUUACGGCCCCGGGAUCACCGGAAAGUAGUCCAUCGUUACCGAAUACACCAUUUCCCACGGAUUUUGAUGAAAUCGCAAAGGAAAGUUUAUCUCGUAAAGGAUCAUUCGCCGAAAAUGAAAUCGCUUCGGACACGUUAUAUUUUCGUGAUGGCCGAAGACGAAUCGAUAUGGUGCUCGUUUAUCAAGAAGAAAAUGAGGGUGUCCUGACGGAAUUGGAGACAAAACGAAGAGAACAGAGACGUGUAUUUCAACAAAGUCUUUUAACGGAAGGCUUGCAACUCGAAUUAGAACCAAAGGAAAAUUCUUUUGAUGGUAAAACGUUUUUUCUCAAACUUCAUAUACCCUGGAAAAUAAAAAUACAAUAUGCCGAAGUUAUGAAUUUGAAACUACCAACAAAAAGAUUUAUCACUAUAUCAGUCAAAGCAUGGGGUACGGAUGGUACAAAAGGAAGGCCCAAAUUUUGGGAUAAAUGGUUAAAGUGGACCAGCUGGAUACGAAAACUUCAUCAAUGGGAUACCGAUCGAUAUCCCGAAGAACCUAGUUUUUAUGACAGUGUUGAUUCUGGUGAUCGAGAAGAAAGAUUCGUCGUAAAGGAUCGAGAUACCGCAUACACACCAGCGCAGAGAUCGUUAAUAGUGAUGCAAAUAUUGUUACGUGCAAGAUACGACGAAGCGCAUGAUAAAGUUGGGAUUCGUAGACUUGUUGCAGAUGGUACUUAUCUCGAUUGUUAUCCCUUGCACGAAGGACCAUACAACAAGCCAGAGAAUAAUGGUGAAGUUUUAGACAGACAUUUGCUUUAUUUGAUAUGGGCUAGUCCAAUGCAAUGGUUUAAGAAACAACCAUUGUGGUUGAUAAGACGAUACUUUGGUGAAAAAGUAGCUUUAUAUUUUGCUUGGCUUGGUUUUUACACGGAAUGCUUGGUUGCACCAGCUGUGGUUGGUCUUCUAUGUUUUAUAUAUGGUCUAGGAAGUAUGGAAGGACCGGAUAACGUACCUAGCAAAGAAAUAUGCGAUGAUAAGAUAGCCGGAAAUAUCACGUUAUGUCCGCUCUGUGAUAAAGCUUGUGGUUAUCAAAGACUCGGUGAAUCUUGUAUAUUUUCUAAGUUAACAUAUCUGUUCGAUAAUCCUGCGACCGUUUUCUUCGCCAUUUUUAUGUCAUUCUGGGCUACGACGUUCUUAGAAUUAUGGAAACGGCGACAAGCUGUUCUCGUUUGGGAAUGGGAUCUUCAAAAUACAGAGGAUGACGAGGAACCUAGGCCCGAAUUUGAAACGUCAGUGAAAACAUUUCGCAUAAAUCCAGUUACCAGAGAACGUGAGCCAUAUUUACCAGCAUGGUCGAAAGUUAUGCGAUUUUUUGCUACUGGUUCCCUUGUGUUUUUUAUGAUAUGCGUUGUCCUUGGUGCAGUACUAGGUACAAUAAUAUAUCGUAUAUCUCUCGUUUCCGUAUUUUACGGUGGCGGUGGUGCUUUCUUACAAAAACACGCAAAGAUAUUCACUUCGAUGACUGCAGCCUUGAUCAAUUUAGUGAUAAUCAUGAUACUUACCCGUAUAUAUCAUCGAUUAGCUAGAUGGAUGGUAAACAUGGAAAAUCCAAGAACUCAAACCGAAUACGAAUCUAGUUUCACGUUCAAGAUAUUUCUUUUUGAAUUCGUUAAUUUUUAUUCUUCUCUGAUUUACAUAGCAUUCUUCAAGGGAAGAUUUUUUGUACAUCCUGGCGAUCAAGAUGCUAGAUCAUCCGAAUUCUUUCGUAUAAAGACAGACGUCUGUGAUCCAGCAGGUUGUCUCUCUGAAGUAUGCAUUCAGUUAGCUAUCAUAAUGAUUGGCAAACAGUGUUUCAAUAAUUUCGUUGAGAUUCUAUCUCCAAAAUUUUGGAAUUGGUGGCGCAAAAGAACUCAAGUCGCUGCUACGAAGGAUCAUGGCAGACAAUAUACCUCUUGGGAAAGAGAUUAUCAAUUACAAGAUCCUGGAAGACUCGCACUUUUCGAUGAGUAUUUAGAAAUGGUUCUUCAGUAUGGUUUCGUAACUCUCUUCGUAGCAGCGUUUCCAUUAGCACCAUUAUUCGCUUUAUUAAAUAAUAUCGCAGAAAUAAGAUUAGAUGCUUAUAAGAUGGUAAAAGAAUCACGAAGACCUUUGGCAGAAAGAGUGGCAGAUAUAGGUGCUUGGUAUGGUAUUCUUCGUGGUGUCACUUACGUUGCUGUGGUAUCAAAUGCAUUCGUUAUCGCUUAUACCUCAGAUUUCAUUCCACGAAGUGUCUACGCAUUUGUAUAUUCUCCAACGGAAGAUUUAGUCGGUUAUAUUGACAGUUCUCUAUCAGAAUUCAAUACUUCUCAUUAUCGUGACGAUAUGAAAAGCGAUGCAGACAAUAAACAUCCAGAAACAUGCCAAUACAGAGGAUACAGAAAUGGACCUGAUCACAAAUUAGAUCCUUAUGGACUAAGCCCACAAUAUUGGCAUGUUUUUGCAGCACGAUUAGCUUUCGUAGUUGUUUUCGAACAUGUCGUUUUUGGAUUAACUGGGAUAAUGAGUUAUGUUAUACCAGCUGUACCGCGUGCCUUGUCGACACAACUUCAACGAGAACGUUUGUUAGCACAAGAAGCUAAAUAUGAAAAGGGUUUGAAAGGUAGAGAAGAUGAAGAGGAUAUACUUUCUGUUUUAAGGGAAGCUGGAAGUAUAGGUAGACCUGCUGCUGCUGCUGGUAGAACCAAUUGGGCAAGACGUUUCAGUAAAUUAAGUGAUGGUUUAGAUGCCCAUGUUGAAGUUGGUUCGAGAGUACAUAGAUAUAGUGACAGUUCCACUAUGUGGGAGGUUACUUAAAUUAUUCGACGUAUUUUCUCUCUCUCUCUCUCUCUCUCUCUCUCUCUUUCUAUCUCGUUCAAUCAAAAAUCUUAUUCAAAGAUUUUCGAUUAUUGUGAUGUAUAUUAUUGUGAUGUAUAUUAUUAACAGUUGUAUAUACUAUGUAUAGUACUGCACAUUUAUGAUCGUGUUUAAGAUUUCUUUUUUUUUUUUUUUUUACCCACAUCGAUACUUUUGUUAGACCAUUAUAGCAUUUCUAUUUUUAAACAUAGCAUCUGUAAAUUAUAAAUGCUUCCAUCAUAUUUUAUGAUGUUUUCCUGCACUUAUGUGAUAGUGAUGAAACGAAUGUUCGUAACUUCAAAGAUAUAUAGCAUAUAUAUAUAUAUAUAAACAAUCAAUUUGUCGAUCGAUAUAAUUACUCAAUGAAUUUGUGGGAAUUAAUAGUUUUGUGAUGUCAGAUAAUAUAUCGAUAUAUAUAUAUAUAGUAAUAUAUUGUUACACUUCUUAUAUCAAAUGAAUGUAUGUGUGUAAAAUAUUAGGGACCAAAUAUCAAUCGACCGAUGUUUAGUAUAGUUUAUACACAUUCGAAUCAUCUAUCCUCGAAUUGUUAAAAUUUUACGUAAUUAUUAGAAGAUAUAUCGAAAAAUAUAUAUAUAUAUUUUUAUUUCUAUUUAAUUGUACAUGAUAAUUAUAUUAUUCUACCUGAAUCAUAAUAAAUGCGAAAUAAAAUUAGUGAACUAUGGCAAUUUGUCAAGGAAAUAUUUUUGAUGAAAAAUAAAGAAGAUAUUUUUAAGAAAUCGAUUUAUAUAAUGUGAGAAAAAAGAAAAGUACGUUAGAAAAAGUAUCCUAAUUAUUUAUAAUUAUUAAUGAGGACGAUGUAUUAUAAAUUCCGUGUCAUACUGACACUUAUCAACAACAAAUAUAGCUAUAUAAUGUUGAAGCAAACGCAGUAUUGUUUAAACAAAUGUAAAAUAAUCGUAAUAAUAAAUUAUUUCACAGUUUACGUGCUAAGAAAGCGAAAGCCUAUAUAAUGUUUGUUCUUUUUAAAUACAAAAGAGAAUUGACAUUCCAUUGAUGACGAUAAGCACGUAUGUAGAUAACU